ACGGUCUCCAACAUCGCCCGUCGCGCAUUAUCGAUUGACAGCAUUGCGUUUGAUCGAAAGCUCCCAAAGCCCCCCCCCACUACAACAGAACCCCCCCCCCCACCAGCCCUCGCCGUCGCUGAACCGCCAUGUCUGCUCAAUCCGUCUUCACGCGUCAGGACGUCGCUGCCCACAACAGUGCCUCGUCCGCCUGGAUCGUCAUCGACUCGCUCGUCUACGACAUCACAAAGUUUGCUGCAAUCCACCCUGGUGGAGAGGGGAUUUUGCUGGCUCUGGCCGGAAAGGACGUGACAGAUGACUUCUUUGCUCUGCACAAGGUUUCGGUGUUGCAGAAGUAUGGCCCCAAGCUCAUCGUCGGCAAGAUUGCCGACAGCGAGUACUCGGCGAUCCUGGAGAUGGCCAAACCAGGCACUAUCAGCAAAGUCCCUUACAGCGAGCCAAGCUAUCUUCAGGGCCUCAAGACGCCCUACUACAAACCCACCCACGAGGCCUUCCGAGCUGCCGUUCGAAAGUUUGUCGAAGAGGAGCUGAUUCCCGAUGCACAGACCCUCGAUGAGCAAGGAAAAUAUCCAUCCAUCGAAACAUUCCGGAAGAUGGGCCAGUUUGGGCUCCUCGCCGCCCGCAUGGGCCCCGGCCCACAUCUGCAGCUCGUCUCUCUCCCCAGCGGCGUUCGCGCCGAAGAGUUUGACUAUUUCCACGAAAUGAUUGCUCACGAAGAAAUUGCCCGUCUCGGCUUCCCCGGCUAUCUCGACGGUCUCGCGACCGGCAUGGUCAUUGGCCUGCCGCCCGUCCUGAUCUUUGGCGCCAAGAAGCACCCGCAAGUCAUUCGGGAUGUGCUCUCGGGCAACAAGCGCAUUUGUCUUGCCAUCACGGAGCCCACCGCCGGCAGCGAUGUUGCCCAGAUCUCGACGACUGCGGUCAAGUCCCCGUGCGGCAAGUACUAUAUUGUCAACGGUGUCAAGAAAUGGAUCACCAACGGCGGCUUUAGCGACUACUUUACGACUGCCGUUCGCACUGGCGGUCCCGGCAUGUCCGGCAUCUCUGUGCUCCUGAUUCCCCGCACCGAGGGCGUCGAAACCAAGGCCAUCAAGACCUCGUAUUCGCCCAGCGCCGGCACCGCCUAUGUUGUGUUUGAGAACGUCAAGGUCCCGGUCGAGAACCUGCUCGGCAAGGAGAACCAGGGCUUCCAGGUGAUCAUGCACAACUUUAACCACGAGCGCUGGUUCAUCAUCUGCGGCCUCGUUCGCUCGGCCCGCAUGUGCAUCGAAGAGUCCUUCAAGUGGGCCCACCAGCGCAAUGUCUUUGGAAAGAAGCUGAUUGAGCAGCCUGUUAUCCGCCAAAAGUUUGCUGGAAUGUUUGCCCAAGUCGAGGGUCUCCAGAACUGGCUCGAGAACAUUACCUUCCAGAUGAACCAGAUGAGCUACAAGGAACAGAGCGUCAAGCUCGCCGGCCCGAUCGCCCUCCUCAAGUUCCAGACCACCCGUGUGUCCACCCACAUUUCGGACGAAUGCUGCCAGAUCUUUGGCGGACGAGCCAUCACCAAGACCGGCAUGGGAAGCAAGGUCGAGUCCUUCCAAAGAACCUUCAAAUUUGGAUCCAUCCUCGGUGGCUCCGAAGAGAUCAUGGCAGACCUCGGCAUCCGACAGGCCAUCAGGGAAAUGCCCGCCUAUGCCAAGCUGUAAAGCGGCGAUUGAUGGCGCGAAACAAAUGGCGGCAGCAUCCUGGAAGAUGCUGUCUCCUCCGGGGUUCAGUCGAUGUGUAUAUCUGCAAAUAUGCAAUGGUGGAUGUAGCGUCGCUGGCAACUCCUGCUAACGAGGGUUGUGCGAGUGGAUGGCACGCCAUAUCAUAAACGAGCUGCGACUCUCUUCCUUCUCCCUCUUGCAUCCCCUCCUCCCGACAAAGCACAAUCGGCGGCCCAGCACUGGCGGGCAUUGUCCCAGAGCGAUCGAGUGCAGAUCUUCAAUAAAUCCACAUUAUCAAGGGACGCUUGUCCUUGGCGCUGGGGAGCAUGGCGGAGGGCGGAUAGUGCGACCACCACGAUCCAAGC